AAAUUUUCUUAUCUUGGCAGUCAAUAGUAGACAGCAGAUAAAAGUUGGCUUGUGCUACAAUAACAUCAAGACAUUGGUAUUUAUUGAUAUCACAUGUUCCUCGUGAUCUGUCGAGGCUGCCUGCUUAUUAAUGUGAUUUACAAAGGCGUGUUAUUUAAAGUUACUUGGAGUUAUAUGAAAUCCUAAUGUAAAAAAGGGUUAAAUAAAUAAGUUUACAAAUACAAUGGCUGAAUCUUCAUCUCAUAACUUUAGCAAUUUUCCCAGCACGUCGUCGGGCACAGUUCACGCUGAUGAGGGAGUGAUUUCUGUAGACGUUUCCAAAGAAGAUCUAGUAGAUUCCAUCGGAGAGAUGUGCGACUCUUCGAUACCUCCUGAUUUGAUCAUGUCUACAGAAGGUGCCAUGGACCAAGACGAUCCAACAAGACUUACUUUAGCCUAUGAAAACUUGUACGAACUGCCUAGAACUAUUGUGGAACGAUUUGCGGACCAUAUCAGAUAUUUGGACAUCAGCCACAAUAAGAUUACAAACUUGGAUGCGCUGGUGCACUUCAAACAUCUGACGUCAUUAAUUGCCGACAGUAACCCCAUCACAGAAAACUGCUUUCUGCCUCCACUGCCCAAAUUAGAGCUGUUGUGGCUAAACCACUGCAAAAUUGCAUCCCUUUACCCAUGGGUGGGCAAGCUAAAGGAAUCAUGCCCCAAUCUCCAAUAUCUGUGUCUGAUGGGCAACCCUGCUGCGCCCAGCUACCUCAAUGGCGGAACAUUCUAUGAAUAUCUACAAUACAGACUUUUCGUCAUCUCCCAAUUCCCAACUCUCAACCACUUGGACGAUCGUAAAGUAACUGAGGACCAACAAAUCGAAGCUCAACGUUUAUACAAGAGGCCAUUCCUGGAGAGACUGGUCAAGCCAGGGUCCGGAGGCUUGAACAAGCUGGUCAACUCCACAGUGUCCUGGGGCAAUGUGCAAGGUAAACUCGCUUCCAUUUUGGGUAAGGAUCGGCAAAAUAGAAACUUGCUGAUAUAGUAGCUACUCUCAGAUUUUUAAUUCCAGUCAUUAAGUUGACAUUGGUCAUAAAGUUUGUGUCUAAUCAAAAAGGCAGCUAUUUCUAGUGGUUAUGAAUAAGUGAUGUUGUAUUUCUAUGACCCAAAUGUUAAUAAUAAUGACCUGAAUUAAAAACUGAGGUAACAUUUUGAACUGUUAUUUAACCUCAUCUUUAUUCGAUUUCGAAUUCGCUCAAUAUUAGAUUAAAAUUAUUUUAACCUAUGAAAUAGUAAUACGAAUAAUAAUAAUCGUCUACGCUUAUAUUAUACCUAAUCUUUAGCAUUCUAGAUAAGUUGUGAUAAAUUUUGAGACUACUGAAAUUCCAUUUAUUAGUACACAAAAAGGGUUUAAUUUACCCUUUUUAUUU